AUAGUAACAAUUGGAGAUAAUAAAUGCGGUAAAACCUCAUUGAUUAAUACUUUUAUUAACAAUGAGUUUUCAAAUAAGUUUUCAAGUUAUUCUAUUUUUGAAAAUUACAACAAAAAAAUAUUUUUUAAAGAACCUUUGCAAAAACUGGCAAUAAAUUUCAAAUUUUGGGAUGUUUCAGGUCAUGAGGAUUUUGAUAGAAUGAGACCAUUAAUAUAUGCUGAUGUUCAAAUUAUUUUGAUAUGCUUUGCUAUUAACAAUACAAAUAGUUUUAAUAGUAUCUUGGAAAAAUGGAUCCCAGAAAUUGAAAACUAUUGUCCAAAUAUACCGAUUAUUUUAUUAGGCUUAAAAUCCGAUUUGAGGAAAACCAAUAGUGAUUAUGAUAGUGAUCCUUAUAUCAAUAAUAAUAAACAGGGAGAUAGAUUAAUUGAAUAUGAAAAAUGCAUUGAAUUAAGUAAACAAAUCAAUAGCAAGUUUUACAUUGAAUGUUCGGCAAAAGAGAUGUAUCAUAUUCAUAAGAUUUUUGAUCUAGUAGCUAAAAUAAUAAUUAGCAAAGAA